CAUACAGAAAAGCCUUCAAAAUUUCUGUCGAAAUUUCCAUCGUCCCCUUUCAAUUUUUAUUUUCUCCCUACUGAUAACAGAGACUUUCCAUCGCAUCGCAAUUCGCAGACCAAAUGUCGUCGUCUUCAAUUGUCUUCAUCGCCCUCCAAUGCUGCCAAUGCUCCACCAUGCAGGUGAAGCAGAAGAAGAAGAGCAGCAACAAAUGGACCUGCGCGGUCUGCAACCAGAAGCAAUCCCUUCGCAAAGUCUUCGCCCAGGGAUACCUCGCCAGCGACAUCCGCAAAUUCGUCCAGACCUUCAACAUGUCCCGCAAAUCUCUCGAUGAGAACGCCCAGUGGACCGUCGCUGAAACCCUAGCUCCGCCGCCGGAACACGACUUCUCAACCAGCCAGGAAAAGAAGCGGACUGAUUGGGCCGCGUACCUCGACCGAGACGAUGAUCAUGCUGGCAAAGGAGGCGAACAACAACAACAUGGAGAGGAUUUUGAACCACUGGUUCUGACUGAGUUGCCAAAGAGUAUGUCCAAGAAGCGUAGAUCGGUGGAAAAUUCAACUGCAGGAGGAGACAGGCUUUUCGAAAGGCCAUGUCUCUCAAACAAUCAAGAGGAGCCAAUGAAAGAUAAGCGAAGAAUUGAAUUAUUGACGGAAAGCAAUACAGAGAAAAUUAAUAAAGUGACACCAGACACUACGAGGACUCAGAAAUGCAAACCAGCAAUCACCAAGGGUACCUCCAAAUGGAACGAUUACUUAGCUGAGGACAAUGUCAAUGACUGCUUGGAAUUUGGAUGGAAGGGAGGCUUUAAAUUCAAGGAUCAUUCAGGUCUGUGUAAUACUAGUAAUAAUGUCUUAGAGGCCAUGACUGGUGAGCAAAGGGUAGAAGAUGAUAUUCAUCCAGAUUUUAUGUAAAUUGUAUCAUAGACCAUUGAGUGCCUAUGUUUAUCUGCAGACGAGCCUAAUUAGAGUAAAACUUUCAUUCACCAAAUGAGUAUAAACAGUACUUCACACAAUUUCUCUUUUUUUUUUUUUUUUUUUUUUUUUUUUUUCUUUUUUCUGUAAAGUUCUGGUGUAUUGACAGCCAAAUAUCCCUGUAAACCUCAUCUUGUGUGGACAAUCAUAUAUAAAACCUUCGUUAUGAAACUUGAUGCCCAUGAUAACUUCACUCAUGGCCCGUGAGUGAAGUUAAUGGAAAAGGUCAGAUAAUAGGAGAGCCACACUCACACAUGUAGAGCUCGGCCAGAAUGAUGGUCAAUGAGCAAAGAUAUGAUCUAAACCU